UGUGUUUGUGUGUGUGUGUUUGUGUGUUGCCUCUGACUGCACAGUACACAUUUCCCAGACGCAUCAUCAGAGCUGACGUGGGCUCUACGUGUGCAGCGAGUCGGGCUUCCACUCCACCCGUAACGAGUGACGAGACUCUACGUAAAACUCGGGCCGAUCACCAUGGAAACUGCAACCAUAGAGCAACAGGAAGCGAGUGCAACAGAGAAAAUAACAAGUGAGAUUCAGUCGGACUCCGAUUCACUUACACAGGGGGAUGAGGGUGUGACAGUGAUGUCAUUACCUGGUGGACAGACACUCCAGGUGCAGGGAGUCAUUCAAACCACACAGCCCUCAGUUAUACAGUCGCCUCAAAUGCAAACUGCACAGGUAGCUGUGACUGAUUCGGGUACAGCACCAUCUGAUCCUCAAAACAGGCGAGCAAUUCUUUCCAGACGGCCAUCUUAUAGGAAAAUUCUUAAUGAGUUGUCCUCAGAUGCACCUGCUGUGCCAAAAAUUGAUGAAGAGGAGAAAGUGGAGGAGGAAACCCCACCCACCUCAAGUGUUGCUACGGUGACAGCACCAUCUUCAAUCUACCAGACCAGCUCAGGACAAUACAUCACAAUCACUCAGGGUGGAGCGAUACAGUUGACCGGGCCUGGAGGAGAAGCCCUGCAGGGUGUUCAGGCUCUGACUCUUCCCAGUCCUGCUACACCCCAACCUGGGGCCACCAUCCUGCAAUACGGCGCCCAAAUGGGUGACUCCGGCCAGCAGCUACUGCUGUCUGCUGGACAGGUGCUCGUUCAGGCUGCCACAGGAGACAUGCCGGCAUAUCAGAUCCGAUCCCCGUCGUCAGGGUUCCCACCAGGUGUUGUUAUGGCAGCGUCACCGGGGGCCAUACACAGCCCACAGCCGAAUACAGAAGAAGCCACACGCAAGAGAGAAGUCCGGCUUAUGAAGAACAGGGAGGCGGCCCGUGAAUGUCGCAGAAAAAAGAAAGAAUAUGUGAAGUGUUUGGAGAAUCGUGUCGCCGUGCUGGAAAACCAGAACAAGACUCUCAUUGAAGAGCUUAAAGCUCUUAAAGACAUCUACUGCCACAAGCCUGAAUAACAAACACUGCGGACUCCAAACACAUGCGUGUGUUAUUUACAGACUACUUGUCUCUUCUUGUUUUGCAUCGCCUGGAUAUGAAUAGUUUGUUUGUUUGGCCAAAUGUUUCCGUAAGAAGUUGCAAACAUUGCUUUGAGAAUGCCGAGGUGCACGCCGCCUACUGCAGCCCAUCCUCUCACUACCAUCUUACACACGCGUACACUUAUAAAAAUGGGCUAAGUUGUAUAUUUUUGCUGUUGUCUGUUUCAAAGAUACUGGAACUCCUCAUUGAUGUGUGUGGAAAAAUGAAUUGAUGUUUUCCUUUUUUAUUUUUAAACUGCUUAUUAAACUGAUUUUUUCCUUUUAGCAUUUACAUACAAGUUUAUGAGUUCAAUGGUUGUGUUUAGCAAGUUUGUCAUAAAAGUUUAUUGCUAUGUGUAAACGUAAAAGAAUGCUAAUCUAUAGCUCUGACAAGUUGAAAGAGUAAAUUAGCAUUGCUGUUACUCUACGCAGUGCCAGAGAUAACACAAUUUUGACAAUGACUGCAUGCAACAGCAUUUUUAUAUGACACAAAUACACACACAUUUACAUUCAGAUUCAAAAUUCAAAGCAUUCAUUCAUGCUUAUUUUGGAGUUCAUUGAUCUGUGCUUACAUUCAUGAAAAAUUAAAAGCAUUCAGUGAAUUUUAGUGCAGGUAGAAAAAUUUAAGAUUUUGUAACAUAGUUGCAAAUCAUAAAAGUUACUUUGGUCAGAAGAAAGCCAGAAAUCUCAGUAAUGGAUUACUAUUUUAUUGUUUAUCAUCAAUUUAAAUAAAAGAGAGAUUGUAAUAAAUAGAGAUUGUAGAUUUACUGAAUCAAACAACUGGCAUUAAAUCCAAACUGAGUUCCUGUUUUAAUUUACAAGUAAUCAUAACUCUUUUAUCUGUUUCUUUCAGUCAAUCAAGAUUGUUUGUUAUAUUUAAUGUACUCUGGGAAAAAACAGAAAAUGAAUAUUGUUUAACGUUCAAAUAGCAUGUGUAUUUUAAUCUAUUGCAGCUCUUUUUAUGUUAAUAUAAAAACAGAUGCUGUCCCCUGCACUUAUUUUAACACUGUACAGAGCGCUAACAUCUAUUUUUAAUAAAAUAUUUUUAUAAAUGUAAA